AUGAAAAAAAAGGCUACUCCGUUCUAUUCUACAAAUCAGUUUACUCUUACGGUUUUGAGCUGGGACUAUCACUGCGAUUCGCAAUUGCCCCGCGAGAUAAGUAGUAAAGAGCCAGAAUUGGAUGAAGAAGAAGAGAGCUUCAAGUACCAGUCAGUUCCACCAGUUUUUAAAAAUACUCUUAAUUACAAGAGUGCAAUGAUACCGUUGAUGAAAGUCGAGCUUUGGGCUAGCAUUCUUAAGGCAAAAAUGGAGGAUUUUUAUCUGCCAUUUCAUGCUACAAUCACAAGAAUUAAAAGUCAGAGUAAAAAGAAUGAGAAUUUAUUUUUGACAGUACCUAAGGCUCAAGCAGCAGCUGCGAAAUAUUUCCCCGGUGAUUUAAUUCUCUUGACCAAUUUUCCUGAUCAGGAUAAAGGUCCUUUCCCUCCUAGUUCCCAAAUGCCUUGUAUCUUUGCUCGUGUUUCUGUUGUUUCAGAGGAUCGCACCAAGUUGACAGUUAUGAUCAAUAAGCGCAACAAUUUUUCCAAAAAGUACUUUAUUAAAGGAGCAAAGUAUCAUGGACUUAAAGUUAUAAGUUUGGUGACUGCGGAACGCGAAUACUUUGCAUUGAGUAAACUGGCUGCUUCUCCUUUAGCAAAGAGGAUUUUUAAUGCGAAGCUUGAAUGGAUCAAAGCUUCAAACCCUUCUGACAUUUCUAAAAUCAUGAAAAAGUUUGGUGUCAAUGAAUCUCAAGCAGGAGCUAUUCACUCGGCCACUACUGGUCUGGGGUUCAAAUUGAUCCAGGGACCUCCGGGUACUGGAAAAACCACGACUAUUAUUAGCAUUCUUGCGACGCUGCUUAUGGAAAAGCAGCAGGAAAAAGCUAAAAAGAAGAUUCUUGUGUGUGCACCUUCCAACGCAGCUAUUGAUGAACUUAUUGGUAGACUGAAGGAUGGAAUAGAGACAGCUACUGGAAUUAAGUUAAAUCCCAGGAUUGUUCGUCUUGGUCGCCCUGAAGUUGUGACUGGGUCAGCUAAAAACUUUACAAUCGAAAGCCAGUUGGAUCAGGGGUUACAGCUGAAGGAAAUUAACAGAGUCAAAGCGGAAAUUUCAGUGUUGGCGCGCAAGGUGAGCAAAGCUGCAGAAGAUACAAGACACAUGGAGCGGAGAAUUGCAAACAAAUGCAAAUGCAAAAAAUGUUUAAAAGAUCCGGUUCAAGACGUUAAUGCUGCCAAGAUUCAAUUGAACAAUCUUAAGGAAUUGUCAAAAAAUAUUUGCAACCAGAUUCACCAGAUGCGAGAAAAUAACAGUAUAAAUAUUCAAAAACGUGAGGGGGCUUCACGACGUUUGAUUAAGGAUGCGGAUAUUGUAGUAUCGACACUUUCGGGUGCAGGUCAGCACUCUUUGCGGGUACUUAACUUAGAGUUUCAAACUGUAAUUGUGGAUGAAGCCGCACAGUGCGUUGAGCCGUCGUUGUUGAUUCCAUUACAGUAUAAAGCGAGGCGAUGUAUUCUUGUUGGAGAUCCCAAGCAGCUGCCGCCAACAGUGCUAUCCAAAUAUGGAACCCAUAAAAACUACGGGCAGUCGUUAUUUUUGCGAAUGUACAUGGCGCACCCCUCACGCACUCAUAUGCUCAAUGUCCAGUACCGUAUGAAUCCGGAUAUUUCCAAGUUCCCGAACCAAGAAUUCUACCAGGGCAAGCUAAUGGAUGGUCCUGAGAAUGGGCUCAAGACCGCACGACCAUGGCACAUGGCUGCACAGGGCUUGCUUACACCGUUUAGGUUUUUCAACGUGAUUGGUGAAGAGGCUCAAAACCAGUUGACAAAGUCAUACUUUAACAAGAACGAAGCCGAUUUUGUUUAUGAGUUGUACCAAUUUUUGCGAGGAUCGACGCAAGAAUCGUUGGAAGGCAAAGUUGGUAUUAUUUCAAUGUACCGUGAACAGGUUUCAUACAUUAAGUCAGUGUUUGAGCGGAACCUGAGUGCAGAUGAGGUGAAAGGAAUUUACUUUAGUACGGUGGAUGGGUUCCAAGGCCAAGAAAAGGACGUUAUUAUCUUGUCUUGUGUGCGUGCAAAGAUAAAAGUCGGCAAGGACAUUGGAUUUUUGUCAGAUAAGCGACGCAUGAACGUUGCAUUAACUAGAGCAAAGGCGGCCAUGUGGGUUGUGGGUAACCGGCGCACGCUCAAUGAAGGACGUACGUGGGGACGGUUGGUUCAAUCUGCGGUGGAUCGUGGGUUAAUUUCUAGUGCUCAAAUAAACUAA